CUACCGUUCGUCAUGAACGUUGGUCGCUUUGUCAGUCAAGCGCGUCAAACAUCGCUGGCACGAUUGUGCGCUUGAUAAGACAGCUCACACCACGAUCAAUGGAACAUUGCCACUUCAGUCAUGGAUCCAGAAAAAGAUAUCGAGCAAGCCUCAAUGCGAGGUCGACCAUUUGAACAGGUCGAAGAACCGCAACUCGAUGAUGACGACGACAGAAGUUCACGCAGCGUCGCGCGACAGCGUACGAACGCUUCCAGCACCAAUUCAGCAUUGGCGCCACCUCUCAGACUUGCACGAAGCCGAUCCUCAGCGCGGUCCCAGCGCUCUUACCACUUGCAGGAUGGAUACACAUUCCACCAGGACGAUGACGAAACAGCGCACAGUGCAAAGGAAGCUGAACGGUCACCAAGCGGCGACAAGGACUUCGAAGUCCGCUUCGAUGGAGAUGCGGACCCAUACAGUCCCAAGAAUCUACCGACAUGGCGCAAAUGGAUCAUCGUUGCCAUUGUCUCUGCCAGUUCACUGUGCGUGACAUGCGCAAGCGCAAUGUAUACCUCCACGUAUCGGCAACUCGAGGUCGAUUUCCACGUGUCGCGACUCGGCGCAACUGUCGGUUUGACGACCUUUGUAUGUGGUCUGGGCCUGGGACCCAUGUUCCUCAGCCCCCUGUCUGAGUUCUAUGGAAGGAGGAUCAUCUACAUCUGCGCCUUUGGCAUGUAUCUGAUCUGGCUUAUUCCUUGCGCGGUCGCACCCAACAUUGCCACCAUGCUGGUUGCCAGAUUCUUGGAUGGACUUGCCGGAAGCGCCUUCCUGAGUGUUGCUGGUGGCACCGUCGGCGACAUGUUUCGCAAGGACCAGCUUAGCGCGCCUAUGAUGAUUUACACUGCCAGUCCGUUCGUUGGUCCAGAACUCGGACCAGUGGUUGGAGGUUUCAUCAAUCAAUUCGCAGACUGGCGCUGGACUUUCUACGUGCUCAUCAUCUGGGCCGGCCUACAGUGGAUCCUCAUCGUAAUUUUUGUUCCUGAAACCUACGCUCCAGUCCUCCUGCGGCGCAAAGCCCAAAAACUUCGCAAAGAAACUGGAGACCAACGAUGGAAAGCGCCAAUCGAAGUCAUGGACCGCUCGGUCCUACAGACAGUUCUCUGGUCCUGCAUCCGCCCCUUCCAACUCCUCUUCUUUGAGCCGAUGUGUCUGAACCUUUGCCUCCUCUCAGCCAUUCUCCUCGGAAUCCUCUACCUCUUUUUUGGCGCCUUCGCCGUCGUCUUUCAAAACAACCAUAACUUCAAUCAAUGGCAGACUGGUCUCACAUUCCUCGGAAUCUUCGUCGGAAUGAUCGCAGGCGUCUCGUGCGACCCCCUCUGGCGCAAACGCUACAUUGGGCUCGUUGCACAGAACAGCGGCGUCAGCGAGCCGGAGUUCCGCCUCCCACCUACCAUUCUCGGAGCCGUCAUCGUCCCUCUGUCACUGUUCGGCUUCGGAUGGACGACGUAUAGCCAUGUGCACUGGAUCGUGCCGGUUAUGUUCUCCGCUUUCUUCGGGCUGGGAAACAUUUUCUGCUUCAGCGGUAUCUUCACAUUUCUUGUGGAGACGUACCCACUCUAUGCUGCUUCCGCACUGGCAGCGAACAGUUUUGCGCGGUCGACCUUCGCGGCUGGGUUUCCAUUAUUCGGCGUACAAAUGUAUGAGAAGUUGGGAUACCAGUGGGCAAGUUCCUUGCUGGCUUUCAUUGCGUUGGCUAUGACGCCAUUCCCGUUCUUGUUCUUCAAGAUUGGCAAGAGAUUGAGGGCGAAUUCAAAAUUUGCGAGUCCAGGAUGAGAAAGUAUAGACAGGUUGUGCUAGGGAAGAACUCAAGUUCUGCUGAGGCCAUCGUGG